GAUUUUAAUCUGAAACUGGCAAGCGGAAGUGUUUUUUGUUAUCCUUGUGUGAAGACGUUGCGGCGGGCAACGUUCUAACUGAUGGUCUGCAGCGGCGCUCACUGUUAUAUUAGACACUUCGAAAACGGCUUUUUACCGCAUAUGACAAGAGGUGCGAACCGCUCAGCUUCUCACUUUGGAACAAGAUGUUUGGCUUCCACAAACCAAAGAUGUACCGUAGCAUAGAUGGCUGCUGCAUCUGCAGAUCCAAAUCAUCUAGCUCCCGCUUCACUGACAGCCAGCGCUAUGAGAAUGACUUCAAGAGCUGCUUUGGGUUGGGUGAGGUACGUUGUGGGGACAUCUGUAAUGCAUGUGUCCUCCUGGUCAAGAGAUGGAAAAAGCUUCCAGUUGGAUCCCAGAGGAACUGGAAUCAUGUAGUCGAUGCAAAAGCUGGGUCGAGCAUGAAGGCUAUGCUGCGGCUAAAGAAGAAACUGAGGCCUAGGCAGAUCAGUCGGGUACAGAGCGAACAGAAGAGAAACAAUUCCGACGCCCACAGCACUACUUCCAGUGCCUCGCCUGCUCAGUCACCUAGCUACAGCAACCAAUCAGACGAGGGCUCAGACACAGAGCUUUCACCUUGCCCUGCCUUCUCCUUUCUAGACCUCACCUACUGGAAAAAACAGAAGGUGUGCUGUGGGAUUGUGUACAAAGGACGCUAUGGAGAAAUAAUCAUCGAUCCCAACCUGUACAAGCCCUGCUGUCAGAGGAAGCCAGAUCUGCCACAGGAAGAAGGUGGAGAGAUGAAAAAAGAGGUGGCAGAGCAAGCAUCAGGAAAGAACACCCUGAGCAUGUCCCCAGCCCCCCCACACCCAAUCAAGAAGUGAAGGUGGAGGAGAAAGAGCACAGUGAUGGAAGCACAGGGUUGGUAUAGUCUUCCUUCAUGGACAGAACAACAGAUAUUGGCUUUUGACACACUACCAAACAUACAGUAACACAAACUGUUCAGACCAAAUCUCACUAUAGUUUUUGCAUCUUUUUAUAAGCUGCUGCAAACCUGACACCACCUGGACUGGAUCCUCGAUCCUUGAGCGCUGUUUAGUGUCUUGGCUUGCCAAGAAAAAUUCUGUCUUUCUGUAAAUACUUUGUUUUGAUUUCAGUCUGAAAUGCUGGAUCAACUAAUGCUGCAUGGAAAGCUGGAAAUGUUUGGAAAUCACCCUUUAUUCUUAGGAUGGAGCCAUUCAUUAGAAAGCAGUCCUCCACUCUUUCCCUUGCCUUUCCUUUUCAUGAUUCAACAAGCUCAUUCUCAAGUGUACCUCUGUUUAAUGUUUUAUUCUCAAAUAAGAUCUGAUCUUGUCAAUUAACAAAGAUGCAGCAAAUUUGGGAAGCUGAGUGACUUUUGACUUUUUUGUAUGUUAGGUUUAAGCAUAUGAUUUUUAACAUGGCAUUUGUUUAAAAAUAAAUGUAAACACAUUAAAUACUAAUCUAGGCUGUAGAAAUAACGGUAUCACAUUUACUUGUGGUGCCUACACUGCCUCAAUAAGUCACAAAGCAAUGUACAACUGUGAGGUUUGGAAAUAUGGUCCACACAAAUGACACAGCUGACACAGCUAGCACAAACAUGCAUCGGCUGUAAACCUUUGAAUGUGAGCUCUUACAGUUAGAAGCAGCAAAUGCCAAUCUUUAAAGGGGUCAUAUAGAGCUGAUCAGUGUUUCCUGCUGUACCUAGAACACAGAAGGAAGAGAAAAACAAACAGAUGAGGAGAUAAGAGACAAGAUGAUGGUGUCAUACACAUGUCAAUGUGCACUAAUAUGUUGAGCUAGAGCUCAACAUAUUAACUGGCUGUUUUGAGCGGAAGUGAACCCAAACACAGGAAAUCUGUGAUUGCCUUUGCAUACUUGGAUUUGUAUACUUGUGUAGACCUUGUUUCUGCCAUUAGAUUGCAUUUAGCAGAAUAUUUAGUCGAAUCCAAAGUUCAAAUAUUAGACUAAUAUCAAUUGUUAAAAGUUGUUAUUUCCUGAUACAAGCACAGUCAUUGUUAGGUGAAUCUUUUGCAAAAAGUCAUGAAGUUUCCCUAAUGUCCAUAGUGCUCAUGUCCUUGUUAAGUGUCUAGAGUCAUUGUUGUUGCAAGAGAUUGAUUCAUGGUGCCCAUGCAUAAAAAGUACAAACAAAUAUUCAGGGAGGAGCACACAUGUACUCAUUUGAGCCAUUAUAAGCUAAACAAAUCCUUAGGAAGAUUGUGGCAUUAGCACAAACUGAAGCACGGUAGAGGCACUUUAUGCAUGGUUGCUGCCACCUUUCAACAGCUUUUCUUGUCAUGUCGGGAUGGGCUUGGUAAAUGUAUAUAUUCCAGUGAUAUCAUAAUAUAAGCCCUGUUUUUCCACAGACCAAUAAAGCUGUGAGGAUUUGUCCUUUCAUUAUUGAUA